CUUUUUGGUCAAUAAAUGUGGUUGAGAGCCGUGUGCUUUCUCCGAAGAACAAUAAGGUUGGGAGGUCAAUGAACCGUCCACAUCAGUCCAAGCUACAUAAACCCGUUGUUCUCACUGGCCAAAAUGCAUUCCAUCCCCUUCCUUAUCCUUCAUCGUCACUUUCUACCGGUGCUGGGCCACCUGAUUAUUUUUUCACUAGAGACUUUCUUGCAAUCGCUAUCCUUUCAAGUCAAACAAUCUACGAUCUUAAGUAUCCUCUAGACCUCAUCAAUCCUUUCUAUCAUUAUGGUUGGCGCUCGAGCAUAUAUUUUCUUUGGACUUAAUGUUGUCCGCUUCCUGAGCAUCGUGUCUCUCAUACUGGUCUUCGCCAGCAGCAUCUUCGUCAUAGUCUUAGACGUCGAAGCCGUCAACGCGUUUGAAGCUGCCAAGCAAAGCGGCAACGUCACGGCGCAAGACCUUGCUGACUGUGAAUACAUUGAGAACAGCACCGUACCCAACCAGAUUGGGGGUGUUUUCUGGGCCGUUAUCAAUCGCCUGCUCAUCAUCUUCCAAGUUGUCAUCCUUUUCCUUUCUGAAAUCGGCUGGCCAUCCACUUUCUUUGAUCGCUUUUUCCCUGUGCUUGGUUCUGGCUUUGGACUCGGCGCUCUCGGUAUCUUCCAAGGACUUAUUGGAGCUGCAGUCCUCUCGCAGCAUGUGGAUGACUUCACCCUCGUCUCCGCUUUCUUCCUCUUCGUCCUCGGUUGCAUAAACAUGUUUCUCGGUCUCCUCUUCCGGGAAUCCGCCAAGAGCAGACGUUCAAUCACCUCGUGGCGUGAAGAAGCCAAAGGUGUCUUGCCAACUACCAAUCUUCGUUCUGCUGCCAACCUCGAUCUCAACCGCUCCGGCUCGUCUAGCUCUUCACAAUCAUUCGCCUCUUCCACGAUGUACGAGGAGAAGACCAGCAGUCUUGCUGAGUUCGGUGCUGCGCGGAGUGGAAGCAGAGCUGGCUAUGGCUUUGGUCGCCAGGGUGAGAAGGCUGCGGGUCUCAAAGGCUUUUUGAUCUCCAAGCCUCUCGAGUCCCUCCCGCGUUAUGCAGCUCGACCCACUAGCGCUCCCUCCCGGUCCUCGCGUUCACCCUCACCUCAACCUCACUUUGCUUCCAGCGAUUCGGCGCUUUGAUGGAAGCGACGACAAUCCCUCCACUGAGGACUGUCACGACGCCAUUUGCAUGGCAUGAUCGGACUUGUAUAGUCUACUUAUGUGCACCACUACGGAUAACGUUAACCCCAGCGCUGGGACGCUUGUCUCAUGUCGAUGUAUUGACACUGUAUGGUUUUGCGGUACAUUAUUUUGCGUUGUAUUUUCAUGGCUUGUAGCUUUAAUGGCAUCUCAUCUUUCAAUUAA